AUGACAAGUAUGAAAAAUCGUAAGUUACUGUUGGUACUGUUUAUAUUUGCCUCCUGGAUCACGUUUACAGUUUUCCAACACUCCACAAAGGAAUCUCUUUCUAUCCUCUUUUUACCUUUAACUUUUGCCAUUUUGAUUGGCAUACCAUGUCUUGAAAAAACAGUUCGAAUGAAAAAGAAAUGUGAGUUUGGAAUGGCAUCCACAAUCCCGGGUGGACAUGUCUGGAAAGACACGUGGAAUCCUGUCUCUUGUAGUUUGGCUCCAAUCAAAAUGAAAGAAUGCCUAAGAGGAAAUUUUAUAUAUCUAAUGGGAGAUUCCACAAUCUGCCAGUGGAUGGAAUAUUUCAAAAACACACUGAAGUCAAUGGAUCUGCCUGAGGCUGGAAAAUUUCAACACUAACUUGCUGUGGACUUGGAUGAGAAUAUCAACAUUCAGUGGCAAAAACAUGGUUAUCCCUUGAUUGGAUCAUUGACCUAUUCAGUGAAAGAAAUUGAGUACAUUGCCAGAGUCAUUGACAGAACUGGAGGAGAUAAACACACUGUCAUUGUGAUUUCUCUGGGCCAGCAUUUCAGACCCUUCCCCACUGAUGUUUUUAUCUGAGGGGCCCUCAAUGUCCACAAAGCUGUUCAGCAUCAUCUUCUGAGAAGCCCAGACACUAUGGUUAUCAUCAAGGCAGAAAACAUCAGGGAGAUGCACACCGAUGUGGAAAGAUUUAGUGAUUUUCAUGGUUACAUCCAGUAUCUUGCCAUUAAGGACAUUUUUCAAGAUCUCUAUGUGGGCAUCAUUGAUGCCUGAUAAAACAAUUGCAUAUAGCAAAAUAGUGUCCACCCGCCUCAAUCUGUAGUCAGAAAUCAAAUUAAUAUAUUGUUAAACUGUAUUUGCUAG